UUCCGCCUUCCACCCCUUGAAGAGUGGGGCGGGUACCCGUCUGUGCUCAGGAUUGCGUUGUCAUUGUAUUCAGAGAGAAACGCGUGGUCAGCGGCAGCCACGACCAGCUCCACAGCAGCGACAUAACUGGUACAUGGUGGUGUUUAAAGUUGGACUUUGAACCAGAAAUGGAUACUGAGAAGAGUGGUGAGGUUUUAGGUGCGUCAGAGACUCCACAGCAAGCGGAGACUGCAGUGGAAAAAGCAGCUGUGGAGACGCCAGUGGAAUCCACAGAGCUUGAGAAGUCACCAGCUGCUGAGGAAGCAACUGGGAAGAUGGCAGUACAUGGUCAGGAAAGCGAGGUCGUGAAAGAAAUGGAGGCGCUGAGUGUGACAGACAAGGUGGCGAUGCCCACAGAAAAAGCUGAUGCAGACUCUGUGCCUGGCGCAGCAGCGUCACAGCAACCAGAAGAGUCAUCUGAAAAGAAAAUCUCUGAACAGCAGCCAGAGAACAACCCAGAAUCUUUGGCUUUGCAAACGCCCCUGGCAGAGAGCGCCCCUGAACCAGCGCCAGAGAAAGCGGCCGAAUCUGUUCCAGAAAUAAAAGUGCAAACAUUACCUGACUCGGCCAUGACACAGCAGCCAGUAGAUACACAGCCACCGGGCCCAAAAGAGAAGGAACAAGCUGAGUCUGUGGGAGAACUGCAAAAAGCAAUGGAUACUGAGGCUGAAGGUGACUCCGGAGCUAAGCCUAAGGAGAAGGAAGAAGCCAAACCAGAAGAGACUGUUGUGGUGUCUGACACGUCUUCAGAAAAGCCAGCAGAAGCUGAAAUGCUAAAGACUGAGGCUUCAGCAGAAGUUGGAAAUGUGAGCCCUGAGUCAGAGCCUCAAAAAGAAGAGGAUAUCGUCCCAGCUUCUGGCUCUCUGUCUUUUGCCUUUUUAGAACAGGAGCAGACCAAAGAUGCCCUCCGAAUCUCUCGUACCCUUGUUGUCCUUAGAGGCCUUCCAGGGAGCGGUAAAACCUUUUUGGCACGUGCCAUAGCCGACACCUACAAAGACCACUGCACCGUCAUUAGUGCUGAUGAUUAUGGUGUUAAACCUGAAAAACCAGAAUCUAAUGCAGAGGGCUACAAGGCACUGGAUGAAGCUGUAGUUGCUCGUUGCACAGACGGAAACUCUUCCUCUGUGCUGAUAGUGGUAGACGACACCAACCACACCCAGGAUCGCCUGGCCCGUCUAGGAGAGAUUGCAGAGGAGAACAAUCUUGUUGCUAUCUUUUCGGAGCCAAAAACUGAAUGGAACAGAGAUCUUGGACAGCUGACCAAGAAGAACAAGCGUGGCCUAGAGGAAGCCCAUCUGGCAGCCAUGAAAGGACCACUUGAAGAAGUGUCCCUUCCUCUUUACUUUGGCUGGUUCCUUCUGUCCUCUAUCCAGGACAAGAUUAAAUGCACGUCAAUGGACUUCCUGAAAACACUGGACACCUUGGAGGCCUUCAAGAAACAUUUGAUUGACUUUUCAGGAAAAGCUGAGGAGGUGGACCUUGAGCAGUACUUUCAACCAACAGGAAUUCUCCAUUGCACUACGAAAUUCUGUAACUAUGGAAAAGCUGAGGGUGCCAAAGAAUAUGCAGAGAAACAGGCUGUAAAAGAUUCCUAUGGUUCCAUCUUCGAUCUGUCACUUGGUGCCCUCUUUGUAACCCCUCGCACAUUUGGUGCCAGAGUGUCUCUCACUGAGGAACAGCUUCAGUUGUGGCCAGCUGAUGCUGAUGCUGAAAAGCAGGUGGAGUCGGUCCCCGCAGCUGCCUCACUGCCUCUGGGAAGCCGCGCCCAUGUCACUCUGGGCUGCGCAGAGGGUGUCGAGCCCGUUCAGACGGGCAUCGAUCUGCUGGAAAUCUUGACCCUGCAGCAGGAAGGCCAGCAGGGGGAGCAAGUUGAAGAGAUGGAGCUCGGCACGCUGACCUAUUACGGUACGGGAAAGUGGCUGCUCAACCUCAGAGAGCCAAUUAGUGCCCCAGCCUGCUUCUCCAGCUUCUACGGGUGCAAGGAACCUGAGCCGGCCAAAAAAGACCACGAGAAGAAAAAGAAGCCAAAGUGUAUGAUCUUGUAAAUGGCAAACAUGGGAUGUGUGAGCUAGGAUGACUGGAAUUAAACUUGGGCUUCUUCUGUGCAAAGUUUGUGUGUUAGUUUGGGGUUUCACUUAUAGCCAUCCUAAAUCCACAAGUUGUGUGCCUUUUUUACCAUUGAUUUGCACCACAACCCAAGAUGCCUUCAAUCCCAUUAGGCUUGUUGUUAACACGGUUCAGUAUUUUCUUUUACAGAUCAGUGCCAGAGGUUGCAGUACCUGGCUGUUUGAGGUCUUGUUAGCUGCAGUUUUACAUAGUCUGCCCUCCUUCAGCUCCACUUAUCACUUCUUUCUAGAUUUCCUGUCUACAUCAGUGUUUCUCACUAAACUCAGCUGUGAUAAACUAGGUACUUUCAUUGCAUGCUAUGAUGUAUUUACACAUUACUGACCUGCUAAGAGUAGCUCUGCCACUUUAACAGAAUUUGUCUGGUGUUUCCUUUGACGUAGUAGUGUCAUUUCUGUGUGUUUGCGCAGCCUAGGAAGUAAUGGUGACAAUAACGUAUGGGCCAAAGUUGCGUAUUUGAAUAAGUGUAUUAGAUUGAAUGUCAUUUUUAGAGAACCUUCCUAGUAAAAAUCUUUGCACUGUGCAUAGUUUGAGAGGGAGAAUGCUGAUGGCAUUUUGUUUCUGCAGCUUGCACUUAGUACUUAUCAAAUGCUGUGAAUCAAAGUCCAUGUGUUGCAAUUUUCUUUUUUUGUACUGCGCAAUACUCAUUCAUUCUCUACAAAAAGCACUUCAUGCAUUGAAUUACAAUUUGUAUCCUGUGAUGGAACCUUCUGAAGGGCAAGUCCUACUUUGUGUCGCUCUUAUGAAUCACUAUUUUUGCACUUGUUUUGUACACUUAAUAAAAAGAACAUGCUUUGCUCCAGUAA